UGAUGCGGCCGUUGUUUUUGUAGGGUCGCGGGGCCGCGGUGCGCAAGGGAGCGAGGCGGCCCAUGGAGCCGGGGCUCGCCUGGCGGGCGGCGUAGCCCUACCCCCGGCUCCCUCCCGCCGCUUUGUUAGCGCAAACCCAAGCGCGCCUCACCUACACGGUGAAGAGGAAGGCAGCGCUCCCCGCACAAUAAUGGGCACCCGGGCGCUGCCCCCCGGGCCGCCGCAGAGCAGCGGAAAGAAUGUCGGCGCGGGCCGCGGGUGACGUCAGGAGGGAGCAGCGCGGCGGCCCCGCCAGGCAGCGGCAGCGGCGGCCCCGCCACGGCGAGGGAGGAGGCGGAGGAGGCGGGAGCGGCGCCGGCCCCGCCGCCACCGCAGCGGCAAUGGCGGCCGUCGGGGAGCGCAGGUCCCUGCCCAGCCCCGAGGCGAUGCUGGGGCAGCCCUGGAGCCACUGGGUCGAUGCUGCUAAACUUCACGGGAACGACGGAACAGCAUUAGAAGAAAGUUUCAAGGAAUAUGGAAGAAACCGAGAAGCAAUGCGACUUUGCCGAGAAGAUAUGCCAAUAUUUGGUCUUUGCCCGGCUCAUGAUGAUUUCUAUUUGGUGAUGUGUAACCACUGUAAUCAGGUCGUAAAACCACAGGCAUUUCAAUCACAUUAUGAAAGAAGACACAGCUCCUCCAGCAAGCCGCCUUUGACUCCUCCCUCCUCUUCAGUAUUUUCCCUCAUUUCAUCUUUCCCUUCAAAAAACAAAGGUAGCAGUGGAAGUGGGAGCAAUCGUUCAUCCAGUGGAGGUACUAGUGCACCAUCAUCAAAUUCCAAGUUGUUGAAAUCACCCAAAGACAAGCUGCAGAUCAGCGGAAACAACAGGUUAAUGCAUUCGGUACAGCACAGCAAAGUCCCCCACGAUAAAAUUAUGACUCCAUCUGUCAAAGUGGAAAAGAUUCAUCCAAAGAUAGAUGGUGCCCAACUGAAAGCUGCUGUUGGUCCAACUUGUUCUACUACUGUGAGUUCCUCAAUAAAGACUGGCCUUAAUUGUCCCUCAAUACCAAAGCCACCCUUGCCUUCCCCUGGACAGAUACUGAAUGGUAAAGGUCUUCUCUCUGUGCCUCCAUUUUUGGAAAAGAAACCUGAAGAAAAUACAAAUAAUAGGAAAUUUUUACAUAAAAGAUUGUCAGAGAGAGAAUUUGAUCCUGAUAUAUACUGUGGUGUCAUUGAUGUGGAAACCAGGAAACCUUGUACUAGGUCUUUAACAUGCAAGACACAUUCCUUAACCCAGCGGAGGGCUGUACAGGGUCGAAGAAAACGAUUUGAUGUGUUAUUAGCUGAGCACAAAAGCAAAACCAGGAAAAGGAACUUCUUUCGACAUUCGGAUCAUCAUCAGCAGAUGCCCCCUCUCAGGGAACCACAUCCCUCACCUACUAAAACUUCCCAGGAGCUGCACCAAAAUUCUCAUGGAGUUACUCUUACAGAAUCAAAGCCUUUAUUACCUAAUAAACCCAAACCUCACCCCCCCAGUCUUCCAAGGCCUCCAGGCUGUCCAGCCCAGCACAGUGGAAAUGCCCCCAGCGAGUCUCCUUCUGUCCACGAGUCCCCUCACCCUCCCUUGCCUGCAGCUGAGCCAGCAUCUCGGUUAUCCAGUGAUGAGGGAGAAUGUGAUGAAAAAGAAGAGCCUGUUGAAAAACUGGAUUGUCAUUAUUCAGGUCAUCAUCCUCAACCAGCCGCUUUUUGCACAUUUGGUAGUCAGCAAAUUGGAAGAGGUUAUUACGUGUUUGACAAGCGGUGGAACCAUAUUCGAUGUGCACUUGACUUCAUGUUGGAGAAGCAUCUUAAUUCACAAAUGUGGAAGAAAAUUCCUCCAGCAUCCAGUACCACAGCAUCAGUCCGUGCUCCACAUCGGACAAACUCGAUGCCUGCUUCCCAGCACGGUGUCAAUGCAGCAGGUUUCCUCUUACCCACCACGGUUAUGUCAUCGCCAGCGUUGGUCUCCUUCCUGUGUGUCUGAAUAAUAAACGUACCAUCCCACGGAACGACACUAAAUGCCAAUCCUGCUGCUUUGGGGGCAGUGGAUCCUGUCUGCAGUAUGCAAUCGAGACAAGUGUCUUCAUCCCCUUCAACACCUACAGUGCUUUCCUCUGUACCUUCACCUAUGCCCAGCAAACCUCAGAAAAUGAAAUCCAGCAAAUCUUUUAAACCUAAGGAAUCUUCUGCUGGCAGUGGCACCUGUAACAGCACCGGCAGCGUCAGUAGCAGCGGCGGCUCAGGAAAGAAGCGUAAAAACAGUUCCGCACUGCUCGCACCUUCUCAUUCCACAGAGUCCUUCAGAAAAAACUGUGUGGUGAACUCUGGAAACUCUGGGACCUCCUAUCAUCCGUCGGUGACAGCUUCAUCCCACAGUGUUGGCCUCAACUGUAUGACUAGCAAAGCUAACUCUGUUAGCCUCAAACAUGACCAAUCAGGGAGGGGUCCUCCGACCGGGAGCCCUGCGGAAUCCAUAAAGAGAAUGAGUGUGAUGAUGAACAGCAGCGACUCCACGCUCUCCUUAGGGCCCUUUGUUCAUCAGUCCAGUGAGCUGACUGUAAAUUCACAGCAGUUUUCACAUUCACAUAUUCUUGACAAAUUAAUAGGAAAGAAAAGAAAGUGCUCACCUGGUUCAAGCAGCAUCAACAGCAGCAGCAGCAAAUCAAACAAAGUUGCCAAAUUGACAUCAGUGAACAAUGUUCAUGCAAAACACACUGGUGCAAUCCCAGGGACGCAAGGACUGAUGAACAAUUCUCUUUUUCAUCAGCCAAAGGCCCGUCCCUGAUAGCUGAAGGCACCACGGUGAGAAACGAACUGGACAGUUUUCACUACAAGCAAAACCUCCAUCUGGAUUUCUGGACUCCAAGAUGCCUUGAGUUUUCCCAACUUCCCAUGGUCCUCAGGUGUGGAAAUCUACUGGACUGUCACUUAAACAAGGAAUUUCCCUGAAGCCAUGUCUGUAGCAACGAAUAUACUAGAAAUGGACACUGGAUGAAGUUCAGCCACAUAAUUGCUCUUAUCAGUGUUAACAGUGGUCUGGACUGUUUGCUACAAAUCUGUGAGAUUUUCCUUACAGGAGUACAUCAUCUUGCCACUAUUUGACAUAGUUUGGCUGGGCAAACGAAUGUUUUCUGGGGGGAAAUAAACGUUACUGUGGACUUAUUUUUAUACUGAUGGUGUCUUUUGUAGGUGAUAGCUAACCAGACAGACACCCUCAACGGAGAGGACCCCACGACAAGGGGAAAAAUGUGUGAGGCACAAUGGAAAGAAGCCCUCAAGAAGGGAAUAUGGCUUUAGUGUUUUUAUAGCAAUGUUCCUUUAAUGGAAUAUAAAAAAAAAAUAGCACAAUUCAAAAACUAGUCUGUUUGCCCAGCCUUUUGCAGGUAAUUUGGGAUAAGAAGCUAUCAGGAGUUUAAAACAAAGCAAACCCGACAAAAACAGAAAAAACUUGUUUGAGGCCAUUGCUCAGAAAACAAGUAUAAAAAUAUCGUAUUUGUGUGAUACAAAACCUAUUUUAUAUUCUUUUGAAUAAGAUUUGAUUGUGGAAGAAAAGGUAAUUUUGUUCUUUAAAAAUUCCAAAAACAUCAAACAGACAAAGGCAAAUAACCUCUAAAACUCUGUGCCCAAAGAACGUAUUUAUUGACCUAUACUGUAUACCAUAGGCCUUUGUUAUUUUAAAAAAGAUAACUUAUUGGCGAAAUUAGGCUGGAUUUGUCUUUCAGCUGAAGAAAUUAGCCCUUUUAAAACUAAGUUUUUAAAGUAUUUAAAUAUUUUCUAAAAACCAUAAAAUUCGUUUGUGUAACUAAAUUGUUAAUAUGAGAUACCUUCCACCACUCAGUGAGAUUUUUUUGGUCAAAACUCUGGAAUAAACACCAAUUUGACAGGAGAGUUCCCUGUGAAGCACAGGUUUGUGCAUCACAGUCACCCCACGCCCACCCAGGCUUUAUGAGCACGGGGGGCUUUACACAGUUUUAUAUAGUCCAGCCAAUUUUUAUGAAAUAUUUUGUCUUGCAUCAAAACACCUCAAAAGUGAAUUCCACUAAAGGGCUCAUUGUAUUAUGGUUUGACCCCUCUGGAUGUUUUUGUUAAGUUUUUAAACAUCAGGUAAAGGCUCAAAACUAACUAAAGUUUCAUUAAGGGGGCAAAGCAAAGGAAAAUUAAUUCCUAACCAAGGAGAAUUUUUUUUUUCUGCCUUAAAGGGGCACCAGCUAUUGCUGAGAAGAGACAAUCUGAGCCUGUCCAAUUGUUCAAGUAGCCCAGCCUUCUCCCCAUUCUGGUGGCAAGUAGUAAGUACAUCAGGGAAUCCAAAGCCACUCUGAGUAGCAGUUGCUUAGCUGUUUACCUAACAAUGCUUUCAGUUUCACCUGAACUUCCUACAAAAUCAUUGUUAUACAGCAAAACAAGAAGCCUCUAUGCAGACACUUUAGCUUUGAAUUGAUACAAAAGAUCACACUGAGAAAGCAAUGUACUAGAGACUCUUAUUAUGCAAACUUUUAAAAAAAAUAGUAGACAACUUUUCAGGAACAAAAGGAUUUGUAUUUAAUAGGAUGCCCUGUUGAAAGGAUUGUUAGAACUGCAAUUGGUUUAAUGUAAAAGGAACCAAAGUAAUGUGCCACAAAGAGAAAUCAAAGCGUAUUAAAUCCUGCACAUUUGGAGUGAAAUCCACGCUCCGAUGAAGUCCCUGGGGCAGAGCUUCCACUUCAGGACAGCGUCAGUCACAAGUGCAAUUUGACUCUUGGUAGACACAAAGGUAAAGGAAACAAAAAUUUGGCAAGAUCGGACAGUAGUGAGUUUGUGAUCGAACUCUCCUGGUUUUUUAAGGUUCUGUUGAUCUGAAAGCAAAAUGGCAAAUCCGUGCUCCUUCGGUAGCGGGCAGACGUGUCAAAAGUGAAUUCCUGUACAGAGCCAGUGUCUGCAGCCACCUGUGUCAUGUGGGUUUGAGCCAUUGGGAGCAAAGAGUUAGAACAUAAAUUCUGUCUGCCCU